CCCCCCGGUGAAGAUGGACAGCCCUGAACCACUAACCCUCCCCACCGGACGGACCCUGCAGCAUAGAUGGCCCAGAUCAGCUCACCCUUCCUUCCCACUGAGGGGAGAAUGCGGGCCAACAGAAGGCUGUGCUUUGCUGUGACAGUCAUUGUGCCAAUGUUUUUAUUCUGCUUUCACAUGUGGAACAAGUCAGAAAAGGUGGUAGCCGUCUGGAACAGAGAAGCCCCCGGGGAUGUUCUGGAUAACAGUCUGUUGCAGCCAGUUGAAAAAUAUGCGGGGAUAUCCUUAAAAUGGAAAGACGAAGUGCUUGAACUCUUGCCAAAGAACAAUUGCAAAUGUGAAGCAGAGGCAACGCUGAACAUUCCUUUCAGACAGCAGCUAAUAGGAAAACCUUUUGCGAUGAACUUUACAGCAGCUGUAGAGCCUUCAGAGAUUGAUGAAACAUAUAAGAGAAGAGAGUUGGAAUAUAAAAAUUUCAAGAUGAGAUCAUAUAAUCCAGCAGACAAGAUGAUUAUUGCAGAAGCCAAUUCUCCUUUGCAAUACCCUGUUCAAGGUGUGGAAGUCCGUCCCCUGAAAACAAUACUCAUACCAGGACUAAGUUUACUGGAUCUCAAAAAGAAAAACAGUUAUGAGGUGAGCUUGUCAAGCGCCAUGGGGGCGUUUGAUGUGGCGGCAGAAGUGGACGGUGUCACAAUUAGAGGAGGAGGAGGAAAACAAAUGACAUUAUCCAGCCCCUUGUUGGAUAAUCUGAACCGCCAGCUUCAGCUCAUUUCUUAUACCAACACAGUGUUCCACCCAAACACUGCAGACACUGUCCGAUUUCAGAGUAAAGGACAUACAGCUACAUUUACCAUUAAAGUCCGUCAUCCUGUUGUUCCUAAGUUGUAUGACAUGGGACCUAGUAAAUCAAAGUAUAAUAUUAGCUCCCUGGUUACCAUAGCCACCAAAACGUUUCUUCGCUAUGACAAGCUGCAGGAUUUGAUUGACAGCAUCCGGAAGUAUUAUCCAAAGGUGACCAUAAUAAUUGCCGAUGAUAGCAAGAAGCCACAGAAGGUUGAGGGGCCUUUCAUUGAACAAUACAUCAUGCCCUUUGGGAAGGGGUGGUUUGCUGGUAGAAACCUUGCGAUCUCCCAAGUGUCCACAAAAUAUGUUCUAUGGGUCGAUGAUGAUUUUAUCUUUUGCUCUCAAACAAAGAUUGAAAAACUAGUGGACGUUCUAGAGAAGACCAGCCUGGAUCUGGUGGGUGGUGCUGUAAGAGAAAUUACGGGAUAUUCCACAACAUACCGGCAAGUAAUGAGUGUUAUACCUGGAGACAAGGAAGGGGACUGCCUUACGACCCAUCAGGGCUAUCACCAUGUCAUUGACGGCUUCCCUAACUGUGUGGUGGCAGACGGUGUAGUCAACUUUUUCUUGGCACGGACAGACAAGAUUUUGAAAGUUGGUUUUGACCCUCGGUUGUCUAGAGUUGGUCAUUUAGAAUUCUUUAUAGAUGGACUCGGCACCCUUCAUGUGGGCUCCUGUGACAACGUGGUUGUCGACCAUGCCUCCAAAUUACAUCUCCCAUGGUCCAAGACAAAAACCGAUAAAGAAUAUUCAAAAUUCCGUUACCCCACAUCUACGGCUGAAAUCAAUUCUCAACAUGCUCUCUAUUACUUUAAGAACCGCUUUAAAUGUAUGACUGGGAACUGAAGACUCUGGAGAGGUGUUUAGGAAGGGACAUGGGAUGGGUCAUUUUAUUUCAUAGGGUAUCUUGAUGAAACUGGCGAGUCCUAAUAUACUGCAAAUGCUGCAUUCAAAACUACAGGUAAUUCUGUAGAAUAUUUCUACCAUCAGAUUCACAAACAGUCCUGGAAAGGAAUAGGUCUUAUACGUAGAGACAAAAACAUGGAGUUCAGAUUCAAUACAGAAAAGGGAAUAUUUAUUACACAGCCCGUAAUGUACUUUUCUACGGCAUGAUUGGACAUUUGGUUUUUGGAUUCUACAAUCAAAGAGGUUCACGGUGUGCGCGCCUGGUCAUGUGACUUUCUUUUAGAAUAAAUGCUGCUUGUAAAACUCUCAGUUCUGUGGAUGAAGGUGAGGUAAGGUGCACAGGAAGGAGUAAUGAUUGUGACACAAUUAUUGUAGAAAUGUGGAAAUCUGGAGCCAUUCAGUGUCUAUAUUCUGAAUGGAUAUGAACCCUCUUCGGUACAAAGUGAAGUAGCCACUUAUGUUCGGCAGUCAGGUAUUCCUCCUCUGUUUAUAGGAUGUAAGGCGUAUCAUAGGGCUGGGCGGUAUACCGGUUCAUACCGAAUACCAACAUUUUUGUGCUGCACGAUAUUAAUUUUAACCCAUACCGCAGUACCGGUCUGGCCCCUCCCCCUCGGGAAGGAAUGAAUUAUCAGCCCAGCGCUGCGCUGUCCCCAUCGGGGAGCUAAUCAUAUGUGGCCCCGCGAGCGCUGUUCAAACCACUGCUCUAUACUGUAUCCCUAUGCCCGGGCUGCAAAAGAUAAACAAAAAAAACUUUAACUCACCUUCCCCGUCGGUCCGGACCAGCUUCCCAGGGAAUGGAACAUCGGAGAGCCGUCAGCCUAUCACCGGCCGC